GAAACCUUUGCAAAACGUUCAUGCGGUUUUUAACUUCAGGACUUGUUUGAUUACGUUCCUUCCGAAGUAGCCCCGUCUGUCUGCCGUGGCGCUAUCGGAUUUAAGACGUAAAAAGCGGGAAUACCCAAUCACCACCGAGGACGGAGACAACAUUGCAAUCACGGAACCAUAAAGUCAAUCCUCACCACACCAAGCCGCGCCUGAAUCGACGGACGCCGCCAGAGCGCAAUGGCCAAAGCUGAUUCAAUCCAGAAUGGAAUCAAAACAGACGCUACCGACGAUGUUGAAAAAUCACUGGAGCUACUCGACAAAGUGCUGUCCGAGUUCGAGGAAGAGCAGGAGGUAAUACACGCCCCAGUGGAGCCGGACAGUCCCUCCCAGGGCCACCAGUCCGAGGACGAUGGUUACAUGAGCAUGAAUGGCCGGAGGGCAAAAUUCGUACCUGAUUUUCAACCGACUGACGAGGCAAAUGCACCUUCACUUCCACAUCCGGUGCCACCGGACGGCAAGUACUCACCUCCAUCGCCCGAGGAAGCAGAACGAAUUAUUUCCAAUUUGCUACCAAGGAUAUCGCCAACCACGUCCCCCAGCCGGAGGACCAAUGGAAACACUCGCAUCCCAGUGCAUCACAGUAGCAGCACCAGUUACAGUCACGGCGAGUGGCGGACGAGAAAUCUGGUGCGAAACUCCGACUCAAUUAGCAGUUCGACGGCGAGUGACAAACCGUCCUCCAACGACAACACGGUCAUUGCCAAGAGUCCCAUCCAAACGACACUGCCAAAAACCCGCCCCUCCAAUGUUUUACCCACACGAUACGCAAGUCUUCCAUGCUCCAGCCCGCCCAAGCAAACCGAUCCGAGUGAACCCAGCGGUGGCAGUUUAGAUGAUGGCCGGAACAAACUCGGUGGAAUAGGAAUCAGCGCGGUACACGAUGCCGUCCUCCGGGGGAUGACCCGGCUGCCAGAACCUAUAGUAAACGAGCACCCCGUCACGAUUUACCCAGGAAGAGCGUCGCCUCCGCGGCGGACGUCCCGAAAUUUACAAAGCUCUAUCGAACGACACCGGGACCUCUACCGAAAAGGUGCCUACAACUCGGACCAGUCGUCAUCGCAGGAAAAUUCAUCCCCGGAAAAUAACGAAUUCGAACACAACACUUCCCUUUCGCCCACCAACGGCGUCCAGCUGAACAUCAACUAUAACAAUAAUCUAAUCAGCAAUCGGAUAUUUGCUGCCAGUGCCGACUACACGCGACAGCGUCUGACGCACGACGACAGCGAUGAGGAACGGUUCUCCGACGACUCGCUGGAGGAAUCAUCGCUGCCGCCACCUCCCGGCCCACCGACGGUUCCUCCACCUCCGUCGCUGUCCGCCCCGGUGACCCCUAGCAAACGGCACAGUAUUGCGUGGGAGGUCAACCUGGACGAUCCGGCCAGCUUUGAGGAUCCACUGGCCGUGCCCAAGGUGACCAGUUCGGCGUGCAGUAAGGUUAUUGGCAGGCGAAAAGGAACGAAGAAUGUGAACGAUUCACAGUCAAGUUUAGAAUCGACACCUAGCAAUCGGAAAAGUGAAUCCAAUAAUGAGUGGCCCGAUCCGCCCGACAUACCAAUAUGUAGCACCGAGGACGAAGCCGCUUCCCUGUAUUCUGAUUCCGACGACCUCAUCCCGCAAGUACCCGACAUUUCCGGACGUGGAACAUACGUCAUCCGGAAGGGUCGGCGGAGACAGCGGCUGGAAAGCCUGGAGUCGAACGCCAGUAACAAGCUCCCGAUUCCGGGCGGUGAUCCACCGCCGCCUACACUCCCGAGUCCCGUCUUCCCCGCGUCCAUGCUACUGCCCAAGUCAAGGCACAGCAUCGACUUGGGUCACACGUCGUCCGGCUGCGGUGCCGUAAUUAAGAACUCACACUCCGCUCCUCAGAAACUUCCCAGCUCAGUUCUAUCGCCCAGGUCACGACUAUCAUUAGAUUUAAGUUCACCUACCUCAGAGCUUUCAACCAACAACGUAAAGAAAAUCACAACCCCUACCGGAAGCUUCUCGGUGCACCUGCAGCAACAACAACCCUCACAGGUCCACAUCGGCGGCGGUAGCAAUAAUAACAACAAUAGCCUGAGCAAAUCGAAAUCCAGCAGCAACAAUAAUCUUAGCGCGGUCUGUAUAAACAAUAACAGCAUUACCGUUGUUGGUAGCGAAAAUGGCACCCAGGGUGGUCCGCUGAACCAGCAACAGCCGAUAGUGUCGUCACGCUACACCGAAUUCAAAACGUACAGCUCGACUUUCGAUGCCCUGCAGGCGCUGGAGAGUGCCAACAACAAUAGCAUGACACGCGGAGCCGGCACCGGAAAUGGAACGGCCACUGCUGUGCCGAUUGUUCCCGAUAACGACAAUCCGCUAAUGCGAGUUUCCUCGCUGCCGGCCAGUACGCCCCCGCAGCAUUCAGGUCCUGCAACAGCCGAAGGUCUUUCUACACCACGCCGUGAGCUUGCUCCGCCAAUCGAAGAAGAUGAGGAAGUGGACAGUGACACUCAGCGUGGUGCCCCGUUACGUAAAAUAGAGGAUAAUAUUAGUGCUUUAUUACGUGGUGAUAUAUCUGUUGCUAGAGUAGCCGACAUACCUCCCGCGAGACGUCCAUUAGGUUUUCGUCUAGGUGUUCAUAAAUCAGAAAGUGCCAAAGAAAUGCUUUUAUCGCAAGCUGGAUUGGGGCCUUUGCCACCGUCACCGCCGUCUUCUAGUCCUGAACCGGACAGUGACGAAUUUCCCCCGCUGCCUCCCUCGCCUACCGAGGAACCCGAAGUCAUCCAUCAGCUGCACGGCAUACGAAUCAGCUCACGCAACCGGUCCAACAGUACCAAACACGAAGGUCACUUCCGAGAAGAACAUCCGCCGGCCGUUCCGCCUCAUCGUGGCCCAUCGAUAAAUACGCUUAAAACGAGAUCAAUGGACGCUGGUUUUAGUAAAUCCUACCGCAAUGGUUCGCAUGCUUCCACUUCACCGCACGCCCCCGGUACGCUUCCUCCCGAUUUGCCCGGAUGCAAUUCGCGACGAAGAGUCAUCACCGGUGGCUACCAAAAGCGAACCGCUCAGAGUCCACGCGAGGAGAGAUCCCUGCAAACGUCAUGCAGUUUGCCAGAAACGCCUAUCUUCGCUCGCGGCAGCUGUGAUAUUCCACGAACGCCUCAUCGGCGGGCUCCGGAGGUACCGCCGCAUGGCAGCGGAAGCCGAACAGCACCUCGGACCAACACCAACACGACCAGCAGCCUUGGGUCGUCGGUUGUUGGCAUCGGUUCCUCAACCAUCGGUGGCCGACAGCGGAGCAUCAGCCAAGCAUUCGCCAAUGGUGAAAUGCUGCGCUUAGCGGGUGGCCCGGCCCGUGGCUGGUAUCCGAAACAGCGGCAACCGCGGCCGGCGUCGACCGAAAACCUGGACCGGCUGCAUCCGCAGGGAUCCCUGCGCGCCUGGGAAGCGGGUACGGGUAGCAGAAAACCGCUUACCCUACCACCUAAUCUCACACCUAAAUUUUUCAACAAGUCACCGCGAGAGGCGUUACGUCGUGUUACUAGUUUGUUAAUUCGAAAAGGAAAUUCCGGCACCAAGGAUAAGGAAUCGCGCAAGGACAAAGACCGAGGCGAUAAAGAGGCCUACUCUUCGUCGUCCAUUUUCCUGCAGCGUUCGCCGGGAUCCGACGUAACCGACUCUCGAGGCUAUCACCAACCCCUUCACUACCAACAGCAACAACAGCAACAGCAGCAGCAGCAGCAACAUCAUCAGCACCAGCACUCAUCGCAGCAUACCACGCCGACUACGCAGAAAAAGAAGGGUUUCUUCAAGAGUUUUUGGAAAAAAUCACGUCACUAUUCGCUAGAGAAACAGUAAGCCAUGUCGGAACAAACGAGUUCGUAAUUUUUUUGCUAAAGUCGUUGAAACAAACAACUCAGAAUAUUUAUACACAUUGUAUUUGCGGGUGGAAGUACUUUAACCAAAACUCUAACAAACAGCAAUCUCUUAUCUAUUGGCCUAACCGAAAAGGAAAAAAAAAACAUUCGAAAGGGAGAAGACGAUUCCGAAAGAGGCAUAAUUGUGGCAUAGAAAGCGCAAGUUUUAAUGGAAGUAACAGAACAUGAUAACAUAUUAUUGAAGAAUUGAAAGAAAAUAGUAACCACCAAAGAUUCAACACAAAACUUUGUCGCUUUUGAAUCGAAGAAACCUCUUUUGGGAUGUGUUUCAAAAUUUGUAACAUGCGUAUUAUCGCAUGAGCCAUUAAUUUCACAUUUCCUCUAUAACGUGAAUCCAAGUGCCUCUUUGAGGACGGAUGCAAACGGGUUUUCCCUCUGUCAAAGUUUUUAGUUGAAAAUAAAAUAAAUACUCUAGGAAUAGUAUACCGUAGUAUACCAUUGCAGAGAAUUAUAAGAAGGACUUCGGGUUUUACAGUAAAACUACAUUCUUGCAGAUUUUUAAAAAUAUAUAAAUAAAGUAUAACGAUUUUAGAUUCAAUCUCAUGUUCAGAGCAUCAGUUUAAAAUAUCUAUUUAUUUAUUUAUUUAAUGUGUUACAAAAGGAACAGAAUCGUAGACCUAUGGGAAGAUCCAUUAAUUACGUAACGCAAACAUUGGCUAUUUUGAAUGAAGCACCAGCACCAAACACCACCCCCAACACUUUUUGUAUGGAUCAUUAAAAAAAUUUGUUUGGAUUGUUCGGGCAAUCUCUCCUUCGCCUCUAAGCAUUACGCAAUUUAUGGAUGUACGAAGAGCAAGCUAACUGGAGAUUUUUUGGAGAUUCUAAGGAUCCGAUAGAUGGAAGCUUUGGCCACAACAUACGAUACGUGCUGUUUAAAUGUGAGUUGGGAAUUCCAAAAUCACUCUCAACUCAUUAAAAUGAUCCACGCGUUCAAUGUCUGCAUUCAGUAAAUGAUAGCUGGAGUGAAUCGGAUUUUUCUUCCAAAUAAAAAUUACUGAACAUCAAUCUGCGAACAUUUCAAGCUGCUGUUCGAGAAAGCAACAAUCUUCAGUGACAGAUCGCCUGCGAAUGAUAGUGGUGCCUUAACUCAUUCCCGCACACAACUUUUUUCAAAGACUUCAAUAGGAAGGAAUCAUUUUUGAGCAAAUUAUCUCCUAUGACAAGAGUCUCAGGAUAACAGCAGUCUUCCUCUGUGAGGUAUGAAUGAAACCAUCGCAUCGUAGAAAACAACCGCUAAUGCCGAACUUAAUAAAUUUUGAACUUUUGUAAUCGCAAUGUCGUGAUUCACUUUAUCGAAUGCAGCGGCCAGAUCUAUGUAAAUCACAUCAGUGUGCACACGUUGUGACAUACUAUCGGUUACAGGAAGUUAGUCAGAGCAAAUUAGUAGAUAACGAUCACUCAGACGUGAAGCCAUGUUGGUCGUUCCAAAAUAAUCAGCUCGAAUAAUUUAGAAACAGCAUUUAACGAUGAGAUCCCGCGGACCGCGGUAGUUAUUAUUAUCACGUUUGUUGCCCUUCUUGUGAACCGGAAAAAUGCCACUGUUGAUAGAUGCUUGGAAAAAAAGAAUCAUCGGGGUCAUCAAAUGUCUUUUCAGAAGAACCGAGGGAAAUCCAUCGGGUCCCGGAAAAAGAAGCACUAAUAACCAUCCUUGCGUCAAUGUCAAUGACGCCAAGAGUUUGGUUGUCAGUUGGAGCGGUGUUCACAGCAUUCUCAGUUUCCACGGCUGUUGGUACCUCGUUUGAGAACACACUCAAGUACUUCUCGGAGAAGAUCGAACAAGUCCAUUGAUUGAAUUUGUACAGGAAAUCAACAGAUGACUGCUGGGGGCUAUGCUUCCUUUUCAACAAUAAUACCUAGAAUGCAGAUAAAUGUUGGGAAAUUAGAGGGAAAUAUUGCUAAGAAACAAUUGCCCGUUAAGAGCCAAGGGUUAAACCCGGUCAGUGGCGUAGCCACGGGGGUGGUUUUGGGCAUAAACCUCCCCCCAGAGACAAAAUUUUUAAAAGAUUUUUUUUCGAAAAAAAAAUGUUCAGAAAAGCCCCCCCCCCCUUUUCUGGCUACGCCACUGAACCCGGUUAACCUCGGUUUCGUUUAUGUGUCAUUGAAUGGAUAUGCUAUGAAAUGAGAAUAAAAUACUGCAACGAGGUAGUGGUUGAAUUCAAUAUUUGUACAGCGGUAAGUGCGGACGUUUGAGAUGUCAGAGAAGAAUUUACCGUCAAUUAGAACGUGGUCGAUUUGGUUUUCCGUUUCUUGAUUAUAAAUACAUUUCCUCCCUGGCGUUUAUGUAGACGAUGACGAUUUUGACGUCCCGCAGUGGGCAUCCAUCGUAUGUCUGCUCCAGCUCUGCAUAAAACGCUUCUUUCUCGUCGUCGGGUCUCCCUCCGUGUGGAAUUAAUGAUGAUGUUAUAGUUGAGGAAACGGCCUUUUAUCCUCAGCUUGCACAUCCUUGCGUGUCACCCAAUCACAAGUUGACGCAUCUAGCCUAACACUAUGAAGCCGGUUCCAAGCUCGUUGGUGGUACCACAGCGUUCUGUCCUGUGCAGCAGAUUUCCUGCAGUGCUACGACGUCGAAGUUGCGGGGUUGUAAAUCAUCGUAGAUUAUCCUGCGAAGCCUAACGACUUGCAGUUCCAUGUUCCAGUCUUCCAUUCGUGAUCCUUUAUUCGUCGCCUAGGCGAUGUCGUUCGUAAUGGUUGUUUCAAAGGCGGCUUAUUGGAGCUGCGCAAACCUCCUGUCUCGUCGGAGACAGUGGAUACAUGCAGCAUACAAGAAGUUUAACAGAACCCACCACGGAGAAAAAAAAUACGGUAUAAUCAACCGGAUUCAACAAUAACAGUAUUUAUUGUUGAUACAAUGAAUAACAAUAUGUAUUGUUGAUACAAUCACAAAUAGGAUUGAAUCAACCAUACGCGAUAGUUGAUUCAACUCUCGAAUAUAUUUGUUUCAACCAUGCUUUCCAGCUGUCACUGUCAAAUAAUACAUCAGAAAACAACAAUAUUCAUGGUUGUUUUUACAUUCGAAAAUGCUGUGAAACUACUUUAUCGACAAUAUAAUGACAACAACAAAAGAGGAAAAAGUGACAGAAGCAGAAUCGAACUAGUUACAUGGGGAAUGAGAGUCGUACACUUUACCUCUGCACCGCGCUUACUUCAUGUAGACAGGAUGAUUUAUGUAGAUCAGUUUAUACAGAUUUUCCAAAUCAUGAAAUGGUUGUUAGAAGAACGAUAUUAUUAUUGUUUCAAUCAUGCGAUGCAAGAUUGAAACAACAAUAAUGUUCAAUUGAAUUAAGCAUGUGAACAUGCUGAAACAACAACAUUGAAGAUUGAAACAACAACAUUCGCGUUGUUUGAUGCAACAAUUUGAAUAGUUGUCUUAAUCUUGCAAGAUUCUUCUGCGUGCUGUAAAACCUCACCACAUCGUAUGCAAGCAUCACAACUCACAGAUGGCCUGGAGAGGGAACGUCAAGCCCUUGGGCAUACUCCCUGCUGCGCUGCGUGUCCAACACAAAAUCACGCUCAUACUAAUUCCUGUUUUCGUAAUCAUUCUUUUCAGUGAACAUAUCUGAAUACGCAAUCGAUUGGACCUCGGUCCAAUAAUCCAUAUUCAUCGAUGCAUACUUAACGAUUCUUUAUUUUCCUUCCUGUGAUAUUCGGGAUCUUUCGGGAUCUCAUAGAUGUGUAUAAUUCAUCCGCAGUACAAAUAGCACGUGCUAUUAAAGCACUCAACGCCAGGAUCCACGAUGUGACGGCCAAAUUUUCAAAAAUAACAAAGUAGCUUUUUUCUGGAGGUAUGUUUUUCUUAGGCGACUAUCUGGCGCUUAUUUUUUGUUGCGAGUAAAAAUAAGCGGAGUAGAUUUUUUAUAAGCGGUACAAUACACUGAAUUCUGAUUUUACACAAUUUUAUAUCAAACGAUUUUUUUACACGAUUUUCUCGAAGUUACGCCAUUUUCAAAAAGCAUAUUAUAAUUUUAUUUUGUGCCAGAUUGUAAUAAAGCGAAAUACAAAGUAUAGAAUACGUUCAUGGCAUAUGUUCAUGGUCAUCCAAGAAAUCCCUAAAGUCAGGCCUUAAGGUCUACAUGCGUGAAAAGAUGUCUAUUGACCAGUUUCAAAUAUGCAACAUGCCCUUUGUGGUACACAGAAUAGAAUGCGUUCAUGAUAUGUGGAUAUGGUCAUCCAAGAGUUCCCCGAAGUCAGGCCUCAAGGUCUACAUGCGUAACCAGAGAUCUAUUGGCCAGCUUCAAAUGUGGAACAUGCCCUUUAUGGUACACAGAAUAGAAUUUAUUCAUGACAUAUGGACAUGAUCAUCCCAGAAAUCCCAUAAGUCAGGCCUUGAGGUCUACACGCGUAACCAGGGAUCUAUUGGCCAGUUUUAAAUGUGUAAAAUGCCCUUUGUGGUAAAUAGAAUAAAUUGCGUUCGUGACAUGUUGGUAUGGUCAUCCAAGAAUUCCCUGAAAUCAUGCCUCAAGGUCUACACGCGUAACCAGAGAUCUAUUGACCAGCUUCAAAUAUGGAACCUGUCCUUUGUGGUACACAGAAUAGAAUGCGUUCAUGACGUAUCAGUAUGGUUAUCAAAGAAUUCCCUGAAGUUAGGCCUUAAGGUCUACACGCGUAACCAGAGAUCUAUCGGUCAGUUUUAAAUGUGUAACAUGUUUUUUUUUAUGGCACAUAGGAUAUAAUUCUAUUCUAUAACCCACGAAUGAUCUUUGAUUACGCGUGAAGACCCUGAGGCCUUACUUCAGGAAUUUCUCGGAUGACUAAUAACAUCUGUUGUGAACACAUUCUAUUCUAUGUUCCUCAAAGGACAUAUACAGUGACCGGCAUAAUAAAAAGCCCACUCGCCGUUUUUUCAUACAAAAUGGUCAACUUUGGAGAUCUAGAUAUCAAUUGAGUGUGUGCCAAUUUUGCUGAAAAUUUGACCAGAGCUCAGAUAUAACUUGAAUUUUACCACACCUGAGUUUCGACCAAAUUGAUUCAUAGGGUAAAAAAUUAUUGCGGUAAUACCAAAAUGAAUGUAAUAUCUUGAAUUCUAUAGGUUGUAAACCGAUGACUUAUUCAGCAAAAACGCGUAUUUUGGCAAUACAAAAAAGUUUGCUGAAUAUACUUGUACACUAAGAGUUGUGGUUUUCAAGGUAUUAUAAAAUCAAUUUUUUGCCAAAAAUAUCGUUUUGGUAUUACCGCGAUAAUUUUUUACCCUAUGAAUCAAUAUGGUCGAAAUUCAGGUGUGGUAAAAUUCAAGUUAUAUCUGAGCUCUGAUCAAAUUUUCAGCAAAAUUGGUUAACAAGCAAUCGAUAUCUAGAUCUCCAAAGUUGACCAUUUUGUAUGAAAAACGGCAAGUGGACUUUUUAUUAUGCAGAUCACUGUACCAUAUUCAAAACGGACUGAAUGAUCUUUGGAUACGCCAGUAGAUCUCAAGGCCUUACUUCAGGGAUUUCUCGGAUGACUAAUAAUAUCUAUUGUGAACAUAUUCUUUCUAUAAUCUACAAAGGGCAUGUACCAUAUUCAAAACGGUCUGGAUGAUCUUUAGUUAGGCAUGUAGACCCUAAGGCCUUACUUGAGAGAUUUCUCGGAUGACUAAGAACAUCUCUUGUGAACACAUUCUAUUCUAUGUUCCUCAAAGGGCAUGCAGCAUAUUCGAAACGGUCCACAUGAACUUUGGUCACGCGUGUAGACCCUAAGGCCUUACUUCAGACAUUUCUUUGAUGACUUUGAACAUCUGUAGUGAACACAUUCUAUUCAAUGUUCCACAAAGAGCAUGUAGUAUAUUCCAACCAGUCCGCAUAUUCUUCGGUUAUGCAUGUGGAGCUUUACGCUUUAUUCCAUGAAAUUCUUGGAUAACUGGGGCAGUAUAUCAUAUGUAGCAUCAUAAUUGGCAGAAGACCUGUGCAUCAUUUUUUCGUAACGCGUUUUUUUUACACCAUUUUCUUUUUGCACGCACGCAUCUAUCGUGUAAAAAGAAUUUAGUGUAUAUAAAAAAAAGUUGGCAUUUGCCGAGACGCCUAGAACUGAAAGUCUCAUAAAUAGAGGCAUAAAAAAAGUUGGGAUUUGUACGACACCGUGCAUCACUCAAACUCAUUUUUUGCUAACUUAUAUUCGUUUUUACUUUCAUUUACGAUAAAACUUACUAAUUACUAAUUACUUUCAUUUACGAAAAUACAUUUACGAUAAGAAAAAAAUGAAAAUCAAAAUUCAAUCUCUUCGUAAAAUAGUUUUUCGUAAAUUUUGCAUCGGAAUUUCAAAUCUUGUUCAUCUGUAUUAUUGAACACGAAGUUAGCAUUAUCUUUCGAUAAUGAAAAGAUCGAUUUGUGCUAUUUUCUUACGGUUUGCUCAAUUACAGUCGCCUCUCCACAUCUCGAUAUUGAAGGGACCAUCGAGAUAAGGGGAGGUCGAGGAAUGAAACGAUAAAAGCUAGGUUGCUAUAAAAAACGACAACAACACAAAUGUCAUUUCUUGUUUCGGAUGUGUUUGUUAUUGUCCCAAGGUGGUCUAGUAGUCUAGAAAUUUGAAUAUAUCGAUAUAGGGAGAGAAAAUCCUGAACAAAAUAUGACCAGAACACAUCGAGAUAGAGAGAUAUCGAGAUAGGAAGGUUAUCGAGAUGUAGAAAGCAAAAAUGUACGUAGAUUGGAGGAACUGAGCAAACCAUCGACAUAGGGAAAGAUAUCGAGAUGUAGAGAGUCGACUGUAAUAGGAAACAUGUUAUGUUAAACACAAACAAUUUUUUUUUGGAGAACCGAUUUGUUUCCUAGAUAAAUUGUAUACGCAAUAAAAUGUAUCAAAAUUUAUUCAUUUUUGGUAUACUAGUAUUUUAUAAAUUACUUCUCGCUUGCUUGUAAUCGUUUCGGAACCAGUCUAACCAAAAUAGUUUCCGCCUUACCCAUUGCCCUGUUAGGUUUUUUUUUGUACCAUACACACAUACACAAACACACAUGGGCACCCACGCGUCAAUAUUUGGAUCGACCAAUAGAAAUGCUUAUCAGAAAUUGCAAAGAAAAAUGCGUCCCAAUUUGUCAGUCGAUUAUCAUUUCCUCUUUCCCUUGAUGAGUCUCCCAGGUUGAGUCAGGUCCUCGUCCACAAAAACGGAACCUCCUUUCCUACUGUGCUAGCAUUCCGAUACUAAAUAUCAUAGCAAACAGCCUAUUGAAUAACGAUUACUUGAUAAGGGAGGAAUAUAGUAAUUAACUUACGAGUAAAGAAUAAACAUGAAAACGUUAACACACCCUCGUACACGAGAAUACACAAAAUACAUCACUGCGGAAACGUGGAACUGAUUUAAUUCAAAAAACAUUCUAUUCAAUUAUAGUACCAUUCAUUAAUCGAUUUUAGGAGUGUAAGCAAAGUCAACAGCAGUCUAGAAUGCAGGUCGUCAUGAACACCCAGAAGUAGAGUAGAAGAAGUUUUUCAAAAGUACGUAACAGAACCGCUAAAAAACAAAAUAUUACAAACAAAACAAAGUAAUUGGCUUGCUGAAAAGCGCAAUGUUGUUAGAACGAGAGUGACGUUGUCUUUGUAGAUUGAGUCAUUGUGUAUAGUAAGUGAUUUGUGUACAGAUGUUGGUUAUCUUAGUUUGUGUUUCCUGUAAUCAACAAGUUUAUAUAUGAACAGAUAUUAUUAUCAUCAUUUCUGUAUAUUUUUAUUCUUAUAUCGCACUGGUUACCUGUUAAGUUUGAUAUUUUUGUUUUUAAUUUACGGAUUUUGUCUUUGAUUAUUGUUUUAAAUUCUAACUUAUUAUUUGGAUUGUCUGGGGCAGUCGCUAUCCGGCACCAAUUUUAACAGCUAAUGGAACUAAUCUCAGUUUAACCAAAAGUAAACAAAAUGUAUCUUCUGUAAUUUUCCUAUAUUUACGGAACGCAUUAGUCCAAAUAAAAUCAUUUUAAUC